CGAGAAGCGUUGCCGAUGGGUGAUCACAUUAGCACCAAGAGUACGAAAUGGGGUGAUAAGUGCCCAUAUUGCGGUUUACGGGAGACACGGGUUCAUCGCUUUUGUGAGUGUGCUUGGAGUUCCAGGAUUUGGGGAGGCUCGCAGGUUAGAUGUUGUUUUCAUUUGCGUCCUCAAGGGGAUUGUUAUGAGUGGUUAGCAACGGUUAUGGACAAGGUUGAUGAAUCCAUGUUGGAGGAGUGGGUUGUUCUACUAUGGUUUCUAUGGAAGGAGCGUAAUGCUCAUAUGUUCAAUGGAGUCAAGCUUGAGGAGAGUGAAAUAGCAUCAAGGGCUCACUUCCUACUAGAAGAUUACAAGAAGCAUCAGGAACCAGAGGAGAUGCCACUGGCGCAGCUAGCCCAAACGAGAUGGAGAAGACCUCCACUAGGCCAUCACUCGAUCGCAACUGACGCUGCAGUGUUCCCCGAGGGCGGAGCGGGACUGGGGGUGAUUGUGCGAGACAGUGAUGGUAGCUUCAUCCUAGCGGCGGCCAAGCGCAUUCGCGGGCGUUUGGGAACCUGAGGAGGCGGAGGCUCUCGCUGCAGAAAUGGGGCUGCAAUUGGCGACUACAAUGCAGAUCUCAUACCCAAUUCUUGAGAGUGACUGUCUCUCCUUGGUAUAAAAAUUGAAUAGCCAGCGUUGCAUUGAAACGGAAAUUGGAGUCGUGAUCAGGAAUAUCAAGCGGAUUAUGAUGGAAAUCGAGAAUGGCAGCUUCAAGCAUAUUAAGAGAGAAGCGAAUGGGGCAGCUCACAUGAUGGCGCAUGCUAUGACGCAUUGGGAGGAACGUGUUGUUUGGGUAGAUACACCGCCAGUAUACGGAAGAAUUCCCAGAAUACAGCCAAAAUUAUACAUAAUUCCCUGAAUACAUAAGUUUUAUAAAA